GUUUCGCGCGGGCGAGCGCCUUCUCGGAGUCCUACUGCCUGGACAUCGGGGCGAAGGGGUUCCCGAUCCCGGUGUUCAAGAUGAUGCAGGCCGCCAAGUGGGACGUGGGCGUGUACUUCGAGAAGCUCGAGGCGCUGGGGUACGCCGACGACGCCCUGCAGGUGAGCGGCCCCCAGGAGGCCAUGCUCCAGUCGAACUGCAUGCAGGAGGGCCGCCAGAGCAGGACGAAGCACAUCUUUGUCGGCGACUCCCAGAUGAUGGCGCUCCGCAACGCGCUCCACCGCCUCAACGGCUGCCCUGAGAUCUGGUGGCGCAACACCACCAGGGACCGUGAGGACUUGCUUGCGUCGAUGAAGGCUGGCAAGCGCGUCAGGGCCAGCAGUGGCCGCUUCCACGCGCGCACCGACCAGGCGCCAGACGGCCCGUUGCCCACAGGGUGCAAGGAGGACGGCAUCGCGUCGUUCAUCUUCUGGGAUGCCUGGCUCGAUAGGGAGAUCCCUCUUCAAGGGAUUCAGAACGAGAUUGAGCUGCUCGGAGUCGAGCCAGCCAAGGGUGACGCUGUAGUGGUGUGGAUCGGCUCGAACUCAAUCUCAGGAUCUGGCAGAACGAGUGUCCUGCGCAACACAAUUGACAAGCUCAUUGCCUUGGGGGUGAAGAUGGUCUGGGACUCGCCAACCUACAUUGACGAUGCCCUGAUGGCCGCGACAACGGCAAAGGACUUGGGUACCGACUCGCAUACUGGCAUCCCCAUCACGCACACCGUAAUCGCUCAGAGGAAG